AUGGGCUCGCUCAGCAAGACAGAUACCUUCCUCGAGGCCGUCAAGGACCGGCGCUCCAUCUACGCCCUCGCGGCUGAAUCGCCCAUCCCGGACUCCAGGAUCGAAGAGAUCGUCAAGCACACCGUCACCUGGGCACCGUCCACGUACAACGUCCAGUCGGCUCGCGCCGUCGUCCUGUUCAAGGAAAACCACCAGAAGCUCUGGGACAUCGUGAAGAAGCACAUGGCCGACGUGCCGCUCGAGGGAGGCAUGCGGGAGUACAUGGACAGUCGCAUUGCCGGGUGGAGAGGCAGCUAUGGAACCGUCAUGUGGUUCGAAGAUCAGACGGCUUUGGAUGGCUUGGCCGAGAAGAAUCCCAUGGUCGGCGGCAUGCUGACUGAGUGGUCGGAUCAUUCAACGGGCAUUCACCAAUUCAUCGUCUGGACGGCCCUUGAAUCCGAAGGUUUGGGCGCGAACCUUCAACAUUUCAACUUCCACCCCGGCAUCACCGCUGAGAUCAAGUCGACGUGGGCCCUUCCCGAGGCGUGGAAGCUCAAGGCCCAGCUCAUCUUUGGGAAGCCCCAGGAGGAAGCCAAGGAGAAGACGUUCGAACCCAUUGACAAGCGAGUGUUUGUGAAAGCAUAG